AUGAUAAAUUUUUAUACAUCUAUUAGAGUAGGAGUAGGAGUAAUAAGAGGAAGUUUUAGGAGUCUUGAUAAUAAAAUUAUUUCAAAAUUUAAUAAUUUUCAAAGGAUACAAGGAUAUCAUAAAUAUCACAAGACAUUAUUUUCGCCCCAAACGUUUAAAAUCAAAAUAUUUAAAAUAUCUAAUACAUCCAAAAUAUUCACAACAAUCAAUACAAUUUCUAGACAUAAUUUACGAAAUUUUCAUAGCACUCGACCAACUUAUGCACCGUUACCAGCAUUUCUCAUAUUAUUCAAGUCAGCAAACGCCGCAUUAUUAAUACGUACAUUUAGUAAUUUAUUAUUAUCAUUUCUUCCAUUAGCAUUAAUAAAAAAUCCAAAAACCGGUCAACCACGACGAUUACUUUUAUUCCUUACAACAGUUAUACCAUUAACGGGAUUUGGAAUAUUAUUAUUAUUAGGUUUAGAACAAGCCCCACAUACAAAUCGAUGGAGGUUUCGAUUUAUGUCAUUAGAAGAAGAAAAAGAAAUAUGUAAUGCGGCAUAUUUAGCGGAGAGGGAAAAAUAUCAAGAUAAAAUUUUAUCCAAUGAUAGAAUCGAAACAAUUUUGAACAAUAAGAUAGUAGAAUCUUUAGAAGAUAGUGAUGAUGAUGAAACUAAUAAACCUGAUAAUUUUGAGAUAUUUGUUGUGGAAGAUGAUUCAGUCCUUAAUGCUGUUUCAUUUGGAGUAUCAAAAAAAAUAAUUGUAUUUACCGGAUGGUUAAAGGUAAUUGAUUAUAAUGAAGAAUAUUUAUCAGUUACUUUGGCUCAUGAAAUUGGACAUGUUCUUCAACGACAUGCAAGUGAAGCACUUGGAUUUAAUCAAGUGAUGUACAUUAUAACAGUUUUAUCAUCGCUUGGACCAUUAAUAAAUGAUUAUUUAAAUAAGGCGACACAAGAUUUAAUAGGAUCAUAUUCAUCAGGUAGAUAUAAUCAAAAAGUAGAAAAAGAAGCGGAUAUAAUAGGAUUAAAAUUAAUGGCAUUAUCAGAAAACAUAAAUAAAUUUUUCGCAUCUCAUCCAAUUGAAGCGGUUCGAGCAAAAUAUUUAGAUGCUCUCUUACCAGAAGCCGAAAAAAUAUAUGAAAAUGUAAUUGCUAAUGGAGGAAAAGCAAAUUCGAUUAAUUUAAAUGAUUACAUUGAUAACGACCCCAUUGAAACCGUUAUAAAUGUUGAAGAAUUAUUAAUUUCUAAAAUUUGGAAUGGAAUUAUUUAUUUUUUGGGAUUGAAAAAUAAUUAA